UCAUUUCCUCAUCCACAAAUCAAUUCCCUCUGUUUAGUUUUUUCAAAAAAGAAAAAUGGCUUCCUCUACUUUUAUUACAUCAAUGGUCCGCUUCUUCAUAGCUAUCUCCCUCUUCCAAAUCUCCGCCUCGCGUAUGCUAAGCGAGUUCAUUCCCGACCAAACCCAAUCUCUUAAAUACCACAAUGGAGCUCUUCUUUCCGGCAAAAUCAGUGUCAAUCUCAUUUGGUAUGGCAAGUUCAAGCCUUCCCAAAAAGCAAUCGUCUCCGAUUUCAUCAGCUCUCUCUCUUCCUCUCGCCCUCAAGUCACUGAACCAUCGGUUUCCACUUGGUGGAAACUGACGGAGAAGUAUUACAAGAAGAAAUCGAGUCCCCUGUUUCUCAAUCUCGGCAAGCAAAUCUUGGAUGAGAAUUACUCGUUGGGGAAAUCACUAACCAACAAACAAAUCCUUCAAUUGGCUUCAAAGGGUGAGCAAAGAAACGCCAUUAAUGUCGUUUUAACAGCUUCUGAUGUUACUGUCGAUGGGUUCUGUAUGAGCCGUUGUGGAACUCAUGGGUUUGGUUCUACCGUCCGCCGAGGCAGGGGUGGAGUCAAAGGAAAGAACUAUAAGUUUGCUUACAUUUGGGUUGGAAAUUCCGAGACGCAAUGCCCUGGACAUUGUGCUUGGCCAUUUCAUCAGCCGAUGUAUGGACCUCAAUCGCCUCCAUUGAUUGCUCCUAACGGCGAUGUGGGAAUGGACGGAAUGAUUAUUAACCUUGCUAGUCUUCUGGCUGGAACUGCCACAAAUCCGUUUGGUAACGGAUAUUUUCAAGGUCCGGCGGAGGCGCCAUUAGAGGCAGCGUCUGCAUGUACUGGGGUUUAUGGGAAAGGGGCUUACCCUGGCUACGCUGGGGAGUUGUUGACGGAUUCAGUCACCGGUGGAAGCUAUAAUGCUAAUGGCGGUGGACGGAAAUAUCUGCUUCCAGCUUUAUACGAUCCUUCUACAUCGGCUUGUUCGACUUUAGUUUAAGAAAAUUUUUGUACUGUAAAAUGAAAAAUAUGGGAUUUAGUGGAGGAUAUGGUAGGGAAAUGGUUGAUACUAAGUAUGAAAUUCGUUGAUUUCUUCAUUUGUUUUUAGGUUAUGUUGUUAUUUAUAUGAGGAUUAAUGAUAUGAAUGGGCAAAUCUGUUUUGUUUGCUUUACAAAAUUA